AUGGAGUCACGUGUCUACAUAUCGUCGCUGCCCUGGGCCGUUUCCAAAGCUGCGAUAAUCAACCUGCUAUCAGAGCACAACCUGGUAUCGGGACACAUACAAGUGGUGAGAAAGGGAAGUUUCCUUCAGAAUGGGAGCUUUUGCUCGGCCUUCGUGACUUUCGACAAUGCUGACAUGGCCGUACGGGCUAUCGGACUGCUGGAUGGGAGAGUGGACUCUCGAUUUGGCCCGGUUGCUUUGAAAGCUGAAAUGGCGAGGCCGAAGCCCACGAUUCGACCGAGGUCGAGGACACCAGUUCGUGUGCCACAACCAAAAGUGCAGGCGACUUGUGUUGCAAACCCACCUGCUGUAGCCGAGAACAAUGACAACACGAACGAGACGACAGCUGCUGUAGCCGAGAACGAUGACAACAUGAACGAGCCGACCGCUGCUGUAGCCGAGAACGACAACAACGAGGCGACUUUAAUGAGCAAAGCAUAUAUGGAAGUGCCGAUUCCGUUCGCAGGUUUUGGGAAGCCCAAGAAUCUCAUCCCCAGAUGGUUGGCCACCCAGUACUCCAAGGACUCGGUCCAAGGCAAGAAAGCCUUGACUUUCUUAGCCGAUGGAUUUUAUGGUGUGCUCUGGUGCACAGGGCACGGCGAUCGCAGCUGGACUGUUUUUGGACCCAAUGCCGAAUGGCGAAAGCACAUGUGGACAACAGCCGACUGGUUGAAGUGGGAUGCAAGGUCACCCUGUCCUUUGUUUGCUGGCGAGGGCGGGAUCACCGCUUUGGCAGUGGGCCUGGAUUGGCUCCAUUGUAAAUAUUUGGGAACAGAUAUGCACAUGUACGGUUCCAUUCUCAAGCUUUUGUGUUUCUUUAUAUUACCUUCUUCAGCGAUCAACAACUUGCAAACAGUGUGGGGGGACAUCAAGUCUUUCUACAAGGAGCUCGGGACUCCUGUGCGGUACAAAUACAUUACAAAGUUGUCUAUGUUUAUACCAGCCAAAAGCCCGUAUCCGAAGCUUCGUGGAAAGGGGGCCGAGGUCAAGUAUCUCUCCGAGGUGAUGCUCAAGCUGUGGCAGAAAUACUUGAACCCACAUCUUCGAGUUCACAAACAAAUCGAGCUGAUGCUACGUCUGAAUGCUGCCGUCGAACAGACAAUCAUCGAUUAUCGUGAAGCCCUUUUCUUCCCGGCUGCAGUGGCAGCAACCUUCGCGACACAAGUUGAAAAGUACCUACUGCUGCUGACGGCGGUUGCCGAGCAUUACUUGGAAGAGCGACUCUUCGACAUCACAUCAAAGGCCCACUUCGUCCAACACUGUGCUCUACAAUCCCACACCCUCUCCCCCAGAGCUAUCUGGUGUUUUAUGGGGGAGGACAUGCAAAAAAAGAUGCAAACAUUGGCGAAGGCAUGUGUAAAGGGCCAAGGGCCCGUGCAAGCAACUCGAAAAGUUGCACAGCAGUACCGAUUGGCCUUGCACUUGCAGCUGUCGCAGCUGGAUGACUGA